CAGCUGGAUAUGUUCGGCUGCUGCCGUUCUUUGCCUUUCUGACCAACCUCUCAAAUCGGAUCAAUUUUGCGAGGCGAAUUUUGGACCUCCGCUGGUUGUAACGUUGCCGUUGUAAACGGUUACCGCCGACCGAGACCCGUCCCAUCUAGAACUUCGAUUCCUCGACUGUCACUUUUCUGGACUUCUGAUUUGCUGUUUAUCAGUGAAUACUACAAUACAGAUAUAAAAUUAAAAAAACACUAUGGAUAAAGUGGAGCUCAUUCAGAAGGCCAAGUUGGCCGAGCAAGCCGAGCGCUAUGAUGAUAUGGCAGCGUCUAUGAAGGCGGUCACAGAGAAUGGAGAGGAGCUGUCAAACGAGGAGAGGAACCUGCUUUCCGUGGCUUACAAAAACGUGGUCGGAGCCCGGCGGUCGGCGUGGAGGGUCAUUUCCAGCAUCGGACAGAAGACCGAGGCCGGCGACAAGAAGCUGCAGAUGGUCAACGAAUAUCGGGAGAAGGUGGAAUCCGAGCUGCGAGAUAUCUGCAACGACGUAUUGGAACUGCUGGACAAAUAUUUAAUCAAGAACUCCACAAACGCAGAAAGCAAAGUCUUUUACCUAAAGAUGAAGGGAGACUAUUAUAGAUACCUCGCUGAAGUUGCCUCUGGAGCAGACAAAAAAACAACAAUCGAUAACUCUCAGGAGGCAUACCAGCAGGCAUUUAACAUCAGUGAGGAGGAGAUGGACCCCACACAUCCCAUCCGCCUGGGCCUGGCCCUCAAUUUUUCCGUCUUCUAUUAUGAGAUCCUCAACUCUCCUGAAAAAGCCUGCAAACUGGCCAAGCAGGCAUUUGACGAAGCUAUUGCCGAGCUGGACAAGCUGAACGAGGAGUCCUACAAAGACAGCACUCUCAUCAUGCAGCUCCUCAGAGACAAUCUGACAUUAUGGACAUCGGACAAUGCUGCUGAGGAGGGCGAGGGUGGAGAAGGAGGAGAAGGUGGCGAGAAUGAGAAUUAAAAAAAAAAAGUUGGUGUACUCCAAAAAUAAGAGAAAACAUUUUUACACAUCCUUCAUUCCUUGUUGCUCUACUUAAAACAUUCUAGCAUUGAAACCCAGUACUGAAAAGAGUUGUGUAUGGGGGGGGGGUGGGGAGAAAAAAAAAGAAUUUAGUCUUUUCACAAUGCUGAUUUGGGAAAAAAGAUACUGGAGAUAAGAGAAUCCCUCCAUUCCUUUGGUUUGUGUUCGUCCUGGCCUUCCAUAUGUGCAGUUUCUGCUUUAGAAAAGCAUUAAUAGCUUUACUUUGUAUCAAAAUCUUAGUUCAAAGUAGAAGGCAAAGAAAUGCAUCAUAGGGUCUCUCAUUUAACAACUGGAAACCUAAGUUCUGUCAACUCUUUAAUAAAGUUGAAAAUGUUAGAUUUAAGAACUAGUAUUCUCAAUCCCUUUUUUAGUGUCUGUCUACACAGCUGUGUGGUACGGUUACAGCUGCUGCAAGCCCAACUUGAUCCAUAUACAUUAGUUUGAUAAUGCAGGGAGUGCCAGUGUAAUGGGCUGGCUGCUGUUAAAAUACAGCAAGGUGUGGUGCUCAUUGGUUAAAUCCUCACUUUCUGCCUGGGUUAAUAUGCCACUUUUUCACUGAAGCAUGUCUGUUUUGGGGGGGAAAAGGUUGUCUUCAUUGGACCAAUACCACCUUUUAAUGGGAAGAACAAAAUUCCAUUGUGCAUGUUUUACAUAUUACACUGGAAUGGGAACAAAUGCUGUAAUACACACCAAAUGGCCAUUUUAGUACUUUCAAUGCAGGCUUGUACACAUAAGGAGGUGUUUGGUUAGUCCAGUGAUUGUUAUUAGAGAUUUGGACCACUAUUGUGUUUUGCUAAUCAUUGAUUGUAGUCCCCAAAAGCCUUGUGGAACUGUUUCAAUCCCUACGUUUCAGCUAUGUAACAUGAAUAAAACAUUUUUUUAAAUCAA